AUGCAUGAGGCUCGCUCUGAGGAAUUGGAAGAGGGGGGAGGGAUCCAUAGCAGGUCUGACGGCACAUCGUCUCCUUCACCGGGACCAGAUAACAUAUAUCAGCCUUCUCUCCAAAUCUCGGCCAUCAUGUCCUCCGUGCUGCAGAAGCUGAUCAGCCCCGUGGCCGGCACCUCUGCCGAGCCCCCCAGGAACAAGGUGACGGUGGUUGGAGUGGGCCAGGUGGGCAUGGCCUGCGCUGUCAGCAUCCUGUUGCGGGACCUGUGUGACGAGCUGGCCCUGGUGGAUGUGAUGGAGGACCGUCUUAAAGGAGAGAUGAUGGACCUGCAGCACGGGAGCCUUUUCCUGAAGACCUCCAAGAUAGUUGCAGAUAAAGACUAUGCGGUCACUGCCAACUCUCGUCUGGUCGUGGUGACGGCCGGCGUCCGCCAGCAGGAGGGCGAGAGCCGCCUCAACCUGGUCCAGAGGAACGUCAACGUGUUCAAGUCCAUCAUCCCACAGAUCAUCAAGUACAGCCCCAACUGCACGCUCAUCGUGGUGUCCAACCCUGUUGACGUGCUGACCUACGUGACCUGGAAGCUGAGCGGUCUGCCAAAGCACCGCGUCAUCGGCAGUGGGACCAACCUGGACUCGGCCCGCUUCCGCUACCUGAUGGCCGAGCGCCUGGGCAUUCACUCCAGCUCCUUCAACGGCUGGGUGCUGGGCGAGCACGGGGACACCAGCGUUCCCGUGUGGAGCGGGGCCAAUGUCGCCGGGGUCAACCUGCAGAAGUUGAAUCCCGACAUUGGCACCGAUGGCGAUAAGGAGCAGUGGAAGGCUACACACAAGGCUGUGGUGGACAGCGCUUAUGAAGUGAUCAAACUGAAGGGCUACACCAACUGGGCCAUCGGCUUGAGCGUUGCCGACCUUACCGAGAGCAUCAUCAAGAACAUGAGCCGUGUCCACCCCGUCUCCACCAUGGUCAAGGAUAUGUAUGGCAUCGGCGAGGAGGUCUUCCUGUCUCUGCCCUGCGUCCUGAACGGCAGCGGCGUGGGCAGCGUGGUCAACAUGACCCUGACCCCCGACGAGGUGGCCCAGCUGAAGAAGAGCGCAGACACUCUGUGGGGCAUCCAGAAGGACCUCAAGGAUCUGUGAACACGACUGCACUCGCCAGCGCAGAGGAUCCUGUCGUCCCUCACGCACUCCUUUUCUAACCGCCCCUUCUCCAACUGGAUUGUUCCCAUUUCAAAGGGUUAUAUCAGUGUUUUUUAAAGAAAAUCACCAGUGAAGAUUUUUGCUGUAUGUGUCUAUCAUCCCAUUAUUCCGGCUGCAGAAUCGGAGCCCACUUAGUCUGACACCCGAUCUAAAAAAAACACUGGUAUGCUCUUUAAAAUAAGGCACUUUGUUUUCCAACAGCUCGUACAUUUAAGUUGAUGUUUGUGUGUUGGUGUUAGCAGAUUAAGCUGACCUGUGCUUGCGUAUUCAAUAGGGGUUUCUGUGCUUCAGUUCUUUAGACCAGGAUCAAAUGCUGUCCCCCGUCGUCCGAACCGAGUAGGGCAUUUAGGUUCCUGCAGGGAAAUAACCCAGGAAAUGCCACAAAUGCCUCCAGCGUUAUCCGAAAUCCAAAAGAACAUAUUGUCCACCAUCCUUUAUUUCAACCUGUUACUUGACUACACGCAGAUCAGCCAUCGCACACAGUGAAAUGUGACUGUUGAGUGUUACUGAAGGGAAAGUGGAAACAUCACACGUGUCUCUUGUAUUCUCAUCUUAUCAGCUGUGUUUGAAACCAUCACAAUGUAACUUAAUAAAUUUGGAGCUCAUGAAA